AUGGGAGCCAAUCUCUGCAGCUUCAGGAGUUCGUGCGUCAGAGGACCGACGACGGCGGCCCCCUCCGGUGACGGCCGUGGAAUAUCCGAGUGGAGAAGGCUACAAUGGUGGAGGAGAGAGGAAAUCGAAGUGAAGAGAGAGAAAGAGGCGUCGAUUGAGAAGCAGGAAACGAAGAGGGAGUACCUGUCUCUGGAGGAGUUGCUUUUGGCUUCUCCGGGACCGUCGUCGGAGCAAGGUUUCGGUAAUGGCGGAAAGUUUAACGUAUCGAGACAUGGCGGAUUCAAGAGAAAAGUGCAUCCAACGAGGAUUUGUAAUUCGUCUUCGAUUUGUGAGAGAUCGGGGGGUGCGGUCGGCGAAUCGGUUGCAGAUCAGGAUGAGUUUUCUGGCGGCAGUUUUUCGAUUUGCAGAAGCGAAAGUGGGAAGUUGAAGAAGAAAGUGAGUUUCAGACUGCCGGAGGUGUCGGAGGUGAUCGUAAUUUACUCGCCGGAGGAAGGUGCGUCGGCCGACGACGCGAAUGUUGCUUCGUAACUUUUUAACA